CUUGGAAAACCCAUCGAAAUUUCGCUCGCCUGCAGGGCUUUGCACAAACUUAUAAAUUUUAUAAUUAUAUCAUGUUUCAAAAUCAGGCAAAUUUGUGUGAGUUGCGAUGAUGUCAUCUAACAUUGGCAUGCGUGAGGAACACAUACAGUUAUUAAGAAGGUUACGGGCCGACAUAGUUCGUGUUCUACAUGUUGAUAAAAUACUGGAUAUCAUGGUCGCUGAUGAAAUUUUCGAUAUAGAAGAUGUGCAAAAUAUCAAAUGUAAAAGUACAAUGGUGGAUAAGGCAAGAGAACUGAUUGAUCAACUGAUAAGAAAAGGUCCAAAUGCUUUUGAAUCAUUUGUUAAAGCAUGUCUAAUCCACCAUCCCAACAUUGCCCAGAAUCUUAUAAAAGAAAGUGGCAUUCAACUACCAACAGUAGCACAUGAUAACAGGCAGACUCAUCAUGAUGUAACACUUCGGGUACUUGAUUAUUGUUCAAAAAACUUAACAUUGCCAGACUGUAAAAUUUUAGCACGUGACUUGGGUGUAUCUCAUGUAGAUAUGGACACAAUCUAUCAUGACAAUCCAGCCGAUACUGAAACUCAGAAAUACUUGAUGUUGAAAAAAUGGCAUACACGUUGUGGAAGUUCUGCCACUUUGGAUAUUUUGUACCAUAAACUUGAGAAUAAUGGACAAAAAGCAGUGGCUGAAGGCUGUCAAGUUUACAUGAGCCAAAAUGCAGAGGUGCAGAUGGAGGUGCAGGUGGAAGAGCCAAUGAACUCUCAUCAGUGUUUGCUUAGAGAUACUAAUUUUAUGCAAUGCAUAGCAAAUGUACCUGAUUUGUCAAUGGAACAUUUUAAUGUUAUAGUUAACCAUCUACAGUGUACACCAGAACAAACAGAACUACUCGAACAGAAUUUAUCACUCCAACACUUCUUGCAAUCAUGGUGUCCACAUUCACUAAGCCAAUGGUGCCACUUGGUGGAGGUAUUAGAGAGAGAAAAAUAUGGUGUGAAUAGAAGAGAUGUCAGUGAUUUAUUGCAAAGAUAUCUGCCUCCUGGUAUACGUACUGCAGGGCCCAAAUUGGAAAGAUCAACAAGAAUUAAAGAUAUUGGAUAUGAUUUGUGGCAAAAACUGGUCUUAGAAUUAAGCGUCCAAAAAGAAAACGGUCGUGACUGGCGAUUGGUUGCAUCAAAGUUGGGUAUUCCACAGAAUCUAAUUUCCUUGUGGAAACAAAAUGAAAAAACACCAAUGGAAAAUGUGCUACAAACCUGGGCGCCAGACACCAAUGCAACAGUUGGUUUUCUUUAUGACCUGUUAGUGGACAAUGGAAUGUCAGAUGAGGCUUCUAUACUGGAAACUGACUGA